AUGGAGGAUGAGGAUGUUGAUGAAAGAGUAUUAACUGGUAGUUCUAUAAGCCCUAUGGAAGAUUCCUUCCAUGAACUUGAUGGAACCCAUCUCUGCAGUAGCUGCGGGAAACACUUCUGCAGUCGACGAACACUGUCAGUACACAUAAAGAUACAUGAGGGGAACCAGCCAUUUGUUUGUUCAGCUGGGUCAUGCGGUAAAAGAUAUAACAAAAAGCAGGAUCUGGACGCUCAUAUGAGGGCCAGACACGGGGCAAAAAAGCUUAGCUGCAGUAAGUGUGGAAAAGAAUUUUGCAGUAAGGCCAGCCAUGUGAAACAUACAAAAGAAUGUGGUUACCCAAAACCAAAGCAGCAUAUGUGCAAGAGAUGCGGCGCCAAGUUUAACAGGAAAUGUGAUCUUGAAUAUCAUUCAAAAGGUUUGCACGACGAAGAGUGUAAAUACAAACGUGACGUGUGUGGACAAAGUUACAGAUGGCGGUCAUCUUUGGCUAAACAUAAGAAAAAAUGUGCUUAG